AUGAAUUUCGUGAUUCCCAAACGUGAAAUUUUGACCAAAGAGGAUUUAGAAAAAUUUAAAGAGUCUCAAGCAUACUCAGAUUUCUUUUCAUUCAUUGAAAGGUUGAAUGAAUCCGUUAAGGGACAAAAACUUAGUACCGAAUGCGUACUUUCUCCAAUAUUAGUAAAAAUAUUAGAAAUUCUAGAUACAGUAAAUAAUUAUCGUAUAAAACUUCCUCCAGUAAAUAAUGAAAAGAGUCGAUUUGGAAAUCCUGCAUUUCGUGAUUUUUAUGAUCAAGUUGCUAAUAAAGCCGAAGAACUUCAUAAAAAUUUAUCAAUUCCAAAAGAAUCUAUACCAGAAAUUUCACGAUAUUUUAUAGAAAGUUGGGGAAAUCGAACAAGAAUUGAUUAUGGAACUGGACAUGAGGCUAAUUUUAUAGCAUGGUUAUUAUGCCUUGAAAAAUUAGGAAUAAUUGGAUCAAAUGAUUAUAUUUCUUUAGUAUUAAGAAUUUUUAAAAAUUAUUUAGAAGUAAUGAGAAAUCUUCAAUUAAAUUAUUGGCUUGAACCAGCGGGAUCUCAAGGAGUAUGGGGAUUAGAUGAUUACCAUUUUUUACCUUUUCUGUUUGGAUCCGCUCAAUUAAUAGGUCAUAAAUAUAUUCGACCUAAAUCAAUUCAUAAUAAAGAUGUGAUAGAAGAAUAUUCAAAAGAAUAUUUAUAUUUGGCUUGUAUUCAAUUUAUUAAUUCUUUGGAAUUCACCGAUGUUAAAUGA